AUGACCAACGCGGAUCGCGUCGACGUCAACCGCAACCUCCUCACCCCUAAACUAAACCGAACCAAAUCGCAUCACCCCGCAAAUCACACUCCUUCAAUCAUCCCCAAAAUCAAAAUGUCCGCCUUCACUUCUCUCCGCCCUACCCUGCGCUUGGCAAACACUGCCACCCGCACCUUUAGCUCCUCCGCCGCGCACUCCGUUGCCCGCAUGACCAUCACUGGCCGCCUGGCCGCCGAUCCCGAGGUUCAGGCUACCUCCACCGGACAGGAUGUCAUUAGAUACGCGGUCGGUACCUCGUACGGACCCCGCGAAAAUCGCCAGACUAGCUGGUUCAAGAUUGCGAGCUUUGCGGAGGGUGGUCAGCGGGAUUAUUUGAUGAGCUUGCAGAAGGGUACUCUCGUUUACGUUGAGGGUGACGCCAGAAUGAAGAGCUACGAGGAUGCUGAGGGCCGGAAACAGUCUAGCCUGAGCAUUGUGCAGCGCUCCAUUGAGGUCCUUAGCCGUCCCCAGGGCAACGAGUCCCACUAA